AUGGCUACAAACACCCCCGCGGUCUACCACUAUCUGGAUAUCGGUAGAUUAGGCCGAGGAGAAGUUGUCAAGCUUUUCAUGAAAGACGCUGGCUUCAAAGUGAAAGAGGUCCGUUAUGCAUACGACGAGACCUGGCCAAAAGUUAGCAAGAUGCUCCAAGAGCAAGGUAUUACAAGAACAGGCAAAGUGCCCGCACUUGAAUACCAAGGCUUGAUUCUGACGCAGCAUCUUCCAAUCUUGCGGUAUCUCGCUAGAGAGCUUGGCUCUUAUGACGGAGAGACCAACCAGGAGAAAUACGCUGUCGAUGUUGUUGCUGAUAUCUACAGUGACUGGAGAUCCAAGUGGGUUGCGAAUCUGUCGAAUAAGACAGAUCAAUAUAAAGAUGAGGUUGCACCAACGUACUAUAGUCUCAUGGGACUGUACUACAGUGAUGAGAACGGUCCUUAUCUGUUAGGGGAUAAGAUCACCUAUGUUGAUUUUGCGGUUUAUCAGUCUAUUGAUAAUGAUGAAAGGACUGAAACUCUUCCGUCUUCUCUCCCACAGCCGCUUCUCAAGUUGCGAGAGGCUAUUGAGAAGCGAGCUAAUAUUGCUGAUUAUAUCAAGGAGACACGCAAAGAUUAG